AUGUCGCUGAACGUGAGGAGUCCUAUCCUUGAUCCGAGUCCUACCCUGGACCCAAGUCCUUCCCUGGACCUGAGUCCUAUUCUGGAUCAAAGUCCUAUCCUGGAUUCAAGUCCUACCCUGGACCUCAGUCUUUCCCUUUGCCCGAGUCCUACCCUUGAUCCGAGUCCUACCCUUGAUCCGAGUCCUACCCUUGAUCCGAGUCCUACCCUUGAUCCGAGUCCUACCCUGGACCCGAGUCCUACCCUCAGACCGAGUCCUAUCCUGGAUCCAAGUCCUAUCCUGGACCCGAGUCCUACCCUGGAUCCAAGUCCUAUCCUGGAUCCAACUCCUAUCCUGGAUCCGAGUCCUACCCUGGACCCGAGUCUUUCCCUUUGCCCGACUCCUACCCCGGACCCGAGUCUUUCCCUUUGCCCGACUCCUACCCUGGACCCGAGUCUUUCCCUUUGCCCGACUUCUACCCUGGACCCGAGUCCUACCCUGGACCCGAGUCUUUCCCUUUGCCCGACUUCUACCCUGGACCCGAGUCCUACCCUGGACCCGAGUCUUUCCCUUUGCCCGACUCCUACCCAUCGACCCGAGUCUUUCCCUUUGCCCGACUCCUACCCUGGACCCGAGUCUUUCCCUUUGCCCGACUCCUACCCUGGACCCGAGUCUUUCCCUUUGCCCGACUCCUACCCUGGACCCGAGUCUUUCCCUUUGCCCGACUCCUACCCUGGACCCGAGUCCUACCCUGGACCCGAGUCCUACCCUUGA